UUAAGGAGAGCUUAAAGUAGAGUAAGGAGCAAGGAUCGAUUUUUCUUUUAUUGUAAAAAUUUGUUCAGUAAAAAAAAUUAGUUUCGUAAAAUUUUUUGAUUUAUAUUAAAAAUUAGUACAAAAUGAAUAUUCAUUUGCCUGAUUUCGAUGUAAAAAAAUUAGUAAAAGAAGCUGGUAGCAAUUUAGGUAAUACUUUCUCCAGAGUAGUGCAGCUUACCGAGGAAAAAUUUGGGCAUGCCGAAAAAACUGAAUUAGAUUCUCACUUUGAAAACCUAGCUGAAAGAGCUGAAUGCACAAAAGUAUGGACCGAGAAAAUUGUGAGAGAUACAGAAUCUGUUCUAAUACCCAAUCCUGGAAAUCGUGUAGAAGACUUUAUAUUCGAAAAAAUAGAAAAGAAAAAACCACAACGUUUAAGUAAUAUGGAAUACUUAGGCCUAGACAUGAUUGAAGCUGGUGGCGACUUUGGCCAAGAUACUGCCUACGGUCAAGCUUUAAUAAAAGUAGGCCAAGCUGAACAAAAACUUGGAGUGUGCGAGCGAGAUUUCAUUGGGUCAGUUGGUAUAUGUUUUACGCAACCCUUAAAAAAAUUCUUAGAAGGUGAAAUGAAAACUAUUACCAAAGAAAAGGGUAUUUUAGAAACAAAGAGAUUGGACUUAGAUGCAUGCAAGAAUCGUGUCCGCAAAGCUAGAAGUAUGAUUGGACAACAAGCGAAAGAUGGGAUUUCUCCUGAAGCAGUUUUAGAUCAGGCUGAGCGUGAUUUACGUGUUGCUCAAGCAGAAUUUGAUCGACAAGCCGAAAUAACAAAAAUAUUACUUGAAGGAAUUAGUACUUCACAAGCUGGUCAUUUGCGGCAUUUACAUUCCUUUGUUGAGACUCAAGUGAGAUAUUAUAACCAAUGCAUCUCAAUUAUGAAUGAUUUACAAAAGGAACUUGUGAGGCUUGGAGGCCCGACACCUUACGAACCAGUUGGAUUAGAUGACGAUAAAAAUGAUUCAAAAACUCGUAGUCCUGAAAUGGGAUCUGAAAUGAAACGUGCACGUGUUCUUUGCAGUUAUGAUGCAAAAGACCAUACUGAACUCAGUUUAUCAUCAAAUGAGGUAAUUCUUGUAACUGAAUGCUCACCAAUGAAUUCAGAUUAUGUUUAUGGAAAGCAAGGAUUACUAAAAGGACUUGUACCGCGGGCAUUUCUCGAGAUACUUGAUGAUAAUGAAGAAUAAAUCUUUUAAUCAGGAAUACAAACAAUAUAAUAAAAGAAAGUUAAAUGGAAAACUUUUUAAUUUCGUUUGUGUACUCUUUUCGAAAGCAUUAUAUUUUGCAUAUUUUGCUAUAUAAAAUGAAUAUUUUAUAAUUUAAUAUUACAUAAAGUUUAUUUUUUUUUAUUAAGCGUUUGAAAUAUUUAAAAUUCUUUUUGCAUUUAUUUUAAUUUGAAAAAAAAAAAAAAAUUCAAUUUUGUUUCCGUUAAUGCUUAAAAUGUCGAUAUUAUAAAUUUGAAUUUUAAUUACAUGAUUGUAAUACAAAUAUGAAGUGAUAAAUGUAUGUAUAUAAAUAUAUAAUAUAUAAAAAUAUGUACAUAAAUAUCGUCGCCUAAAAAUUGAUUUGGUUCAUAGAUCCAGUCAGUUGUUGCUACGAUAUUAUGUAAGUGUAUAACUAUAAUAUAAGUUUAUAUGCAUACAUACAUAAUAUAUGGAUAUAUUUAUAAAACAUUUAUUAUAUGCAAUUACAUAUGAUAACCACAAAAGAUUGGAACAAUAAUAGAUUAAUGUUUAUAAUGAAUAGAAUAUGCAUAUUCAAUGAAAAUAGUAUAAGUACUUUAAAAAGAUAUUAGAGGUGUAGUAAAACAAAAUGAAAAAUAAGGAUCUUAUGCAAUUGAAAUAUUAAACAUAAUUCAGUAAGAAUUAAAAUCAAAAAUAUAAAAUGUAGAUUAAUAUUCAUGUAAAUAUCUUAUUUUAAAGGUUUAAACUUUUUGUAUUCUCUUUCAUUCUAAUUCUUUUCUUUUUUAGUGAAGUUCGAACUUUCUUUAAUUUGUAUAUAAUUUCGUUGAAACUUGCCAAUAAUUUAUACUUUUUAUUAUAGUUUUUAUUUAAAUUCCCAGUGCUUCCAAACGUAAUUCGAAACAUAUACAUGUAAAAAAUUAAAUGUAAUAGAAAUUACGUACGUUUCCAGAAAUUUUAAAAAUUUGGUUUCUGUAAUGAAUUUCGUUCCAUUUUUUUGUUUUAGUAUUAGAAAUUUAAAUUAAAUUACUUUUUUAGGAUAAACAAUUCAAAUAAUUAAUUUUAUUAUUUUAGAAUUUUAAUUCUUUCAAUUGUUUCUUGUUUUCUUUCCAAUACUAUUUAUUGAUUGAAGGUAUCCUAGUUAAAAAUUUAAUUUUCUCAUUUCUUUUGAAUUUAUAAACUAUUUCAUUUUACUCCGAAUCGAAGGUUAACCUUAGCAAUAGUUUUAUUACAUUAAAUUAGAAAACAAAAAAUGUUUGCAAUUACAUACAAUAAUAUUUUGUGCAUUUGAAUAAAAUAAAAUAAAACAUCGAAACUUAUAUUUUUUUUAUUAAUAUUUAGUUUAUGUUUUUUUUUAAAAUAAUUAGUAGUUUUUGUAAUGUUGCAAUAGGAAAGAGAAAUACUAGCAUAUAAUUGUUAAUAAAAAUAUUAAUAUCACUUAUUCUAUAAUUUAUGUACAUAUAUAAAAUUAAAGUAUCCUAAAAAAAAAGAAUAAAGAAACUCGUUUAAAAUCAGAAAUGCUCUUACAUUCCUAGUAAAAUCCUAAUAUUAUAAAAGUACUUUUCCAAUAUUUAAUCUUAUUAAAGUUGUUGUUUGUUAAACAAAAAUUUUGAAAAAAAAAUAUAUAUAUUUAUUAAUUAAAUAUGUACGUUAAUGAAAUUUAUAAUCCUGCCAAUCCAAAUAUAUCUACAAGUAUAUUAAAAUACGCAUUGUGUUUUAUAAAAUAAUUUCCCAUUCAAGAAAAUUUAAAAAUGUGUUAAGUAAAAAAAGGAUUUGCUCAAACAAUAAGGUGCUAAUUAUUCUUUCUAAUUUAAUUUGUUUAAAUAUAAUUUUUAAAUGAAUUUUUGAAAACAAUGACAUCAGAUUUUUCAUCUUUCUUUCAUUAAUUUUAAUUUUUUAAAUUAUGUAUGGAUUUAUAAAAUAAUUAUUAAUUCAUUAAAUUUCUGUUUUUUAACACCAAAUUGUGCGCCGAUUAUGGAAAAUAUAUUUUUGGAAAAUAAUUGAUUAUAUUAUGAUAUCAGAAUGGGAUUUCAUUUUAUAAAAUUAAUUGCUUUUCUUUCAUCUAAAUUCUAUAAAUUUUUUAAUAGAAAAUAAUUUUUUUUUUUUUUUUUAAAUUUUAAAGAAAAAAAUUGUGAAAAUUUUAUCCUUAAUAUAUUUAUUAUAUAUAAAUGUAAUUUUUAAAUUUUGCACUAUUAAAUUAUAUAGAAAAAUUUUACAUUCACUUAAAUCGUAUGCAAUGGAAAAAUACAAAAACAUUAUUAAAUAAUCAGAAUCUUAAUCUAAUAAUUAUUUUUGUGUCAAUUAAGUCCCGAGAAAUUUUUCCUUUUUCAAUAAGCAUUUUAUUAAAAAAUUAUUACAUAAUAGUCAAUAAUACAUUUGCGAAAAAGAAAAUAAAUUGAAUACUCUUUCAAUAAAUUUAGUAUAAUAUAUUUAAGCGAAAAAAAAAAUUAAUCUUAAUUGCUUGUUCAAUUAUCAGUGCCUCUAAGUUGUGGCAAUAAUUCAAUACAAAAUUAUAUAAUAAAUUUGCAAUUUAAGUGUAAUACAUAUUAUAAUUUUAUAUAAUGUAUAAUAGACAAAACAAUAAAAAAAAAUUAAAAAAAAAAACGAAAUUAUCGAAUUUUAUAAGUUUUAAACAUAAUACAAAAAACAAUCUUCCUUAUAAUUUUAAAGUGUGUACAUUUUAAUAUUUAAUCAAUUCAAAUUAUCUAUACAGUUUUAGCGCUUGCUAGUGGUUUUAAUUAUAAUCUAAUGUUCAUAAAUGAUUUCGAAAUAAAUUUUAUUCUUCUGAAUUUUUAAAUUAUAUAUUUUAAAAAGGUUUUGUUGUUAAAAAUAUUGCAAUUAUGAACAAAAAAAAAAAUUUGAGAAUUAUUUAUAACUUAUUAUUAAUAAUAAGAAAUUUAUUUAUAACGUCGUAAAGUACAUUUUGUUUGCAAACAUGUACGAUAUACGUACAUAAAUAUUUUCAAUUAUUUUUGACUUUGGUCUAAUAUUUCAAGUAAUUCUUGGAAAUAACUAUGGUUAUAUAAUGUUAUAAUAUUUAAAAGAUGAAAAUAAUUUGAUAUUAAUUACAUUGUGAUGGGUUUCAUGAUAUAUAAUAUAUUACGAUAAAUAUUUUUACUUAGUUUAUUUAUUCUAAAAAAAUAUUUUGUGUUUCAAAGUUAAUUUAAGUUAUAGUGUUAAAAUAUUAAGAGAUAUAUAAGUCAUAUAUAGUCGAAAGCAUUGAAAACUGGAAAAGUCUUGUAUUUGGUAUUACCUUGAUAACUGAAAUCUUAUAGUAUACAUAUUUUCUAUUAAAAUUACAAAUUUUAAGCUUUUUUUUUGAUUUAAAAAACAAAAAUUUACAUUAUGUUUGAUUUUACAUUAUUAUUUACAUUAUUAUGAAACACACUCAAAGCUGUGGAAUACCAAAUACCAUGAAAUGGAAUGAACGGCUAUUAAUUUGGCAAAACUAGACGCAGGAUAUUGUAGUUAUGUUAUAAAUAUAUAUUUAAAUUUUAUGUGUAUUUUUAAAAUUUAGUUUAAAUUAUAUUAUAUUAUCAGUAACUUAACAACAGUAUUCCAAAUUAAAUUUUAAUUAUUAUUAUGAUAAUAAAUAUUUAAAAUAUUAAAUUUUAUUUAACAUAUAUUUUGUUUAUUUUGAAUUAUAUAUUUGUUUAUUCAUAACAAUUUUAUUGUAUUUAUCAGGGAUGUUAAUACUCAAAUUAAAUUAAUAAAUAAAUUAAUUAUUAUACAACAAUCGAAAUAUUGUCU